UCCGCGGAGCCCGCGGGGCCGGGCGGGCCGCUUUCCGGAAGAGGCGGGGCCGUUGGCGGAGGCGCGGGAUUCGGAAGUGCUGCCUGGCGCAGCGCGGGCUGGCUGGGUAGCUAGGGCCUUGGUUUUCCUUGUGUUGAAGAAAUUCAGAAACUUAGAGGCAGCAGUAGGCAGGCUUGGGGCCCACUGGCAAAUGACCGAGGAGGAAGGGUGUCCGGCUGAUAGUCACCAGAAUGGGAGUAAAUGACUUGUGGCAAAUUUUGGAGCCUGUUAAGCAACGCAUCCACUUACAGAAUCUUGGUGGGAAAACCAUUGCAGUUGAUCUGAGUCUCUGGGUGUGUGAGGCACAGUCUGUCAAAAAAAUGAUGGGAACUGUUAUGAAGCCCCACCUCAGGAACUUAUUUUUUCGUAUCUCAUAUUUAAUGCAAAUGGAUAUAAAACUGGUGUUUGUUAUGGAAGGGGAGCCACCAAAACUGAAAGCUGAUGUCAUGAGCAAGAGGAAUCAGACUCGAUAUGGGCUUUCUGGAAAAACAUCAUCUCAGAAAACAGGAAGAUCACAUUUUAAGUCAGUCUUAAGAGAGUGUCUAGAGAUGCUGGAGUGCUUAGGAGUACCCUGGGUGCAGGCGGCGGGGGAGGCUGAGGCCAUGUGUGCUCACCUGGAUGCUGGUGGUCGUGUUGAUGGCUGCCUCACUAAUGACGGAGAUGCUUUCCUCUACGGGGCCCAGACUGUCUAUAGGAAUUUCACCAUGAAUCCAAAGGACCCACAUGUUGACUGUUAUACAAUGUCAUCUAUCAAGAAUAAACUAGGCUUGGACAGAGAUACUCUGGUUGGACUAGCCAUACUUCUUGGAUGUGAUUACCUUCCAAAGGGAGUUCCUGGAGUUGGAAAAGAGCAAGCACUAAAACUUAUACAGAUUUUGAAAGGGGAAAGUUUGCUUCAGAGGUUUAAUCAGUGGAAUGAAAAAUCAUGUCACUCCAUUCCACAGCCACAAGUAGCUAAAAAACUGGCCCAUUGCUCUGUGUGUUCCCAUCCAGGUUCACCAAAGGAUCAUGAACGUAAUGGAUGCCAGUUAUGCAAAAGUGAUAGAUACUGUGAACCACAUGAUUACAAGUACUGCUGUCCUUGUGAAUGGCAUCAGACAGAACAUGAUAGGCAACUAAGUGGAGUAGAGAACAAUAUUAAGAUAAAGGCUUGCAGUUGUGAGGGAUUCCCGUUCCAUGAGGUUAUUCAAGAAUUCCUUUUGAACAAGAACAAGUUAGUGGGAGUAAUCAGGUACCAACGACCUGAUUUAUUAUUGUUUCAGAGAUUUACUCUUGAAAAAAUGGAGUGGCCCAAUCACUAUGCAUGUGAGAAAUUAUUGGUACUUUUGACCCACUAUGACAUGAAAGAAAGAAAAUUUGGUAGAAGGAACUCUAAUCAACUACAGCCAAUUCGAAUUGUUAAGCCCCGAAUCAGAAAUGGAGUUCAUUGCUUUGAAAUAGAAUGGGAAAUACCUGAACAUUUUGCUAUAGAACAUGGAGAGUUGAUUCUAACAGUUGAAGAAGAAUCCUUGUUUGAAGCAGCUUAUCCUGAGAUUGUUGCUGUUUACCAGAAACAAAACUUAGAAACUAAAGGGAAGAAGCAAAAAAAUAAGAAAAUUAAGCCUAAAGAAGAGAGUUUCCCAGAAUCAGAUGAUGUAGUGAAUUUUCCGUCACUGGUGACUUUAAAACCCACACCUAAAAUGUUUCCUAAGCAAAAUUCCAAGUUGAACUUGGAAAUUUUUUCUGAUCUUCCUUCACCACAGGAAACAAUUUCUGCCUCUGUGACUAGCUUGCUUUUACCUGAAGAUGCUCCCUGCUUGAAUAUGCAAGAAAAGUUAAUGUCUUCCUCAAGACCUUUGCCUCUUCAGCAAAUUAAAGAUGCGUCUAGUAACUCUCUCAGUUUGGAAUCUGGUCAACCUAGUCCUUUGUCUUGUGAUACAUCUGUGAUUACUGAUUUGAACUUGACCUCAAUUGACUGGGAAGGGACUUCUUUUAGUAAUUACCCAGCUAUUCAAGGGAAUGCUGUCUCCUCUGAUUUACAGUCAGAAUUUGAAUCAAAGCUAUUGGCCUCCCCUGGUGAUUUUGAAAAUAUCCCAGAACAAUCAAGAUGGUACACCACAAACGUUAAUAAAAUAUUGGAUGAGCAUCUUCAGAAGGUUAAUCCUGAGCAGCAUUUACUUUCUGGCAUUAGUGAUUUAAAUCUUCAGGAUUUGCCUUUAAAGGAACGUAUAUAUAUGAAAUUAUCAUAUCGAGAGGAUAAUGUGCAGUCAGAUGUUGACCUGAAAACUUUGUUCCUACACAAGGUAAAAGAAUCUCAUCUUGCUAAUAGUAGGUCUGAUUGUCCAACACAUCUUUCAAAGGAUCUUCCUGGAAUUAAUUUGCAGAAUGAAUCCAGAACCUCUACAGUUAUAAAAGGAGACCAGCUGCCUCAAGAAAACUGUAAAGUGAAUACUUCUAUACAUCAUUCUGUCAAUAACCCAGUAAGGAAGACCUCCAGUAUUAGAUCUGGGCCAACAAAUACUUCCUUAGAGCAUAGUGGAAACAUUGGUAUGCAUGCCACUCAAGAAAUUGUCAAGAAUAGUAUUUGCUUUAACACAUAUUCCUCUGACCAAGAAGGUGGCCCAGUCUUUGGUAAAGCAAAGUACACAACUCAAAAAGUGAAACACAGCUCACAGAAACAUGAUCUGGCCCAGUUCAAAGAAAGUGACCGCAAGAAACAGACGAACGCUGCAGUUCAUGCAGAAAAGGCUCAAUUGGAUGCCAGGCCUUACAAAACAACUGGAAACGAAAAGAAUUUCUCAGAUCCAGCAAAAAGUUCUCUGAGUUUUCUGCAGUGCCCUAAGAAAGACAGUGACCUUGGUACUCAUUUGGAUAGUCCUCUUCCUUUAUGUCAGAGAUUAAAACUAAGAUUCCAAAACACUUGAAAUGAAAUUUAAAAUAUUUAAGUAUAACUUUUCCUCAUACUGUCAGCAUUAGCAGAGGGAAGGUAUCUAGUUAAUGUUUGCUAGAAAAAAAAUUUUUUUUGUCUUUUUGAGACAGGGUCUCGCUAUGCAGUGCAGGCUGACCUUGAGCUCAC